AUGGCGCCGAAGAAGCUGACGGACUGUCCGGAAAAUCUCCGGGAGUCCAUCGACUGGUUGAUCCAGGUUAAGCAUGGGAAUGGUGGUGGCCUUGAUAAGUUAGCUGAAGCUUUGAAAAAGUUGAUUGGUGAUGCCAUUAAAAAUGCAACUGAGAGUCUUGAAAAAAGGCAAAAAGAGCUUGAUUGCGCUGAAGAAUACUACUCUAAUUUUGCUGGCUCCCAUUGUCAAACGCUUCUUAAUGAUAUUGAUAAAGCCAAAAAAUCUGGAGAUGAAAAAGAAAUUUCAAAGGCUCAAUCCAACUACAAUGGCCAUUACUCCGAAGUACAUGGCUCUGACUCUAAAAGGGAUACAGCCAAGAAGGAUUUAAAGGAGCGGCAGGAGUCUCUUAACAAUCUUAAAAAAUCUCUUACAAUAUUUACUGAGGCAGGUGAGGAAUGCAAAAAUCUUUUAACAAAUCUCUGCGAUGGUCUCCAAACAUUCUUGGGGUACGAUGAGAAUUCCAAAGGCUACACCGGCUCCGGCAUCGUGUACUCGGACCUCGACAGGCUGUGCGACGGGGUGAUGGCGUUCUUGCACGGGGUGCUAGAGACUGUUAAGGGGGAUGAGAGUGUGACAAAAUAUGAUGUCCAUAAUUAUAUUAAUAGCGUAACUAAUAAAAUUAAAGGUUUUAUGCAUCAAUCACCAAGUAAGUUCAAUGAAGCGAUUUCUGCUGUUGCAGAUGCGCUUGGGAGGUGGGAUAGAGAUCUCGAUGAGAAAACAGAGGACGUAAAAAUGUUAUUUAAAAGACUUGAAACUGAUAGUUUUGUGGGACUUAAUAAAUCAUUUAGCGCACUUACCAGUUGUAGCCCGGCGGAUGUCGCCACUAUGCUGGGUGAAUGUUUCACCAAGGCCGGGGCACUUCUUAACGACUAUAAGAUAGCCGAAGCAUAUUAUGGCGAGUUAGAUCCUACGCUAAAACAUAAGCUGAAGGAUGAAAUAUCUAAAAUACAUGUUCAGGUAGAGAAGUUCUAUGGAGCUGCGAUGAGCGAGGACUUACGCGAAGUUGUGGAGGUGACUCACCACCAACUUCGAGACCUUCAAAGUAAAGUUGAUGAUAAAGUUGAGCAGCGCAUAGAACAUAUGAAAAAGCAGCUAGAGAGUAAAUUUAGAGUUGAUAUUCAGACGCCGAUCACCAACGUGAAUGAGAGGCUGCGAAGUGUCAAUGGUGACUUGGACAAGUGGAUAGCUGUGGCCGAGGGAAUGAUUCAGACGGCUAUAAAGAAGUGUGAUGCCAUAUUGUUGAGAGUUGAUAAAAACAAAAGGCCAGCGAUUUACAAUAGCGCCUUAACCUUAAAAGAUGAAGCCAUUAAACUGCGUAAGGCGGCGUCUGCGGCCAGAGAUGCUGUUAUGGAAAAAGUUAAACAAGCGCUUUCGCAGGUUCUAGUUUUGGACAGGGCGGUGAAAGAUAGUUUGGGACAGGUGAAAAUUCGGGUUCAGAGUGAGAUUGGGGGAUACGUUGAAAAGUAUGUUAAAGCAGUGAAGGAUGAGGUUAAUAAGAUUACGAAUCAAGAUGGUUUGGAGGGUGUUAGAAUAAGGAUCGUGGAUAAGUGGGCUAGGGAUUUCAAAGAUCUGGAGACGUUUGGGACUAAAGUGGAGGGAUGGAUUGAAAAUAUUAUCAAGGAGGAGAAUGAAUACGUGAUAGAUAGGUUGAAGGCGUACGUUACGGGUAAUACUGCAUUGGCAUCGCUGUAUAACGAGGCCGGGAAAAAUGCUAUUGAUGAAGAUCUUACUAAGGUAAUCGCCAAACAGAUUGUUGCGAAGAUUAAGGUUGGUGUUAUCGAUCAUGCGAGUCAAGCGGUUAAAGGGAUGAUCGAUUCUAACACCGUGCAAAACAAUAUUGAAGCUGUUGUGUUCGGUUUGGGGGAAUUCUCCAGCGGUAUUGAUGAGAAAUUUGCCUCAAAGGAAAUUGGUGCUCUUGCCGGAAAAAUGGCCGGAGAUAUUGAAGGUGUUAUUUUGAAUCCAGGAUCGUCUUCCGGGACUACCAAGUUAUAUAUACUCCAAGAAGCCAUGAAGAGAAUACUAAUUGUCCUCUCCAUCUCUGCCAGACAGGUUGCUGCCGAACUCGGAUCUUUUACUGGAGCCGAAAAGCCUAAGGCGGGCAUGAAUGUGGACGCUGCUUCCAGUACGGCGACAAAGCUAUUCAACAAUCUUCGCCUGGCGCUUCUUAAAUCGAGCGAUCCCGGCGACGAGUACAAUUCUACCAAGCCCUUUAAGUCCGCGUCUCAACCGGAGGAACAGCUUAAAGCCAACAUUGCAAAGACGAUGAGUGACACACUGACUACAGAGAUCGGGGCGGAUGAUGAGGGUGGAGUCAAGCUUGAAGGUGUUCCGAAAUUCACCACCUACCUUGGCAUCUUAAAUACAUCUGGCAUAAAGCAGACAAAAGGUCAACUCACCGGCGAGGCGGACGAAGGCUCUUUUCCCCCGGUGAUCAAGAACAUUGAAACGACGGGUUUAAUAGAGCUUACGUCCGGUGACCUACCAAACAUCCUGAAGGCAGAUACAAUCUUCGAGAACCCCUUCACCGCAAUUGAGCAACAGCUCAAGCAACUGGCCAACUUGAUUAAUGCGAAUGGCGGUGAAGCCAUCGACAAAGGUGUUCACACGCUUUUGACUGAGUUAAAGGAUAUGCUCACGAAGGACUACCUAGCGGGUAAAUAUGGCUUAAGGAGUGGCCUUACCAGAAUAAAAAAUGAAAUUUGGGCGAUCCUGGGAACCACGACGCAAAAGAACAAAGAUAACCUAACAAAAAUCGUUGCCGAAGCCAAAUCAUUCCACACUCUAAUCGGCACUGAGGCAACUGAAGCCAUACAGGAGAUCAAGGCGUAUGUAAACGGCAGAGUAGCCGAAGCAACUCAGGCAAUCCAACGCGAAGCGCAGACACAAUAUCACAAAAAAAUGAGUGUAAUGUUCACCACCAUGAAAAAAGAAGUCAAUAAAGAAAUCCACGCAAUCAAUACAAAAAUCAAUGCGGAUUUAGACUCCGGCGUCAAGGGCCUGCUCAGGAAGGUGAUGGAUAAGAAAAAUAGCGGUAAAAAGUUAAAUGACUUGAAAGAUAAGGGCUCAGUAAAAGAAUUAGCAAAACCGUUAAAAGAAUAUUUCGACGAUAUUUUAGGAUACCUUUUCUACCAGGUGGGCACUGGAAAGGAUGAUAGCCCGCAUGAAAAAGUGGAUGAUGUCAAGAAGAAAUUACAUAAGUUGCUGCAUCACCUGGAAGAUGAGAAAAGAUCUAAAAAACACAACUUUGAUGAUGAAUUCUCGACACUAUUAGAUUUACUCACGGCCGCAGUUACCAACUUAACAUCCCCCAACUUCCACGGCUUCCACAACCCGCUGCUCCUCGACGCCCUCAAGGCCGGCAUGGAAAAAUUCACCGAUCAGCUCUCCUGCGCGUACGUGAAUAAAUACUCCGGGUGUAAGCCUACAGAGGAGUGGGUGAGACAAAAAAUUCAGGACCCCAGCAAAGUUCCAGCUUCGCCACCUGAGAUGGAGUUAACCACCGAGGGCCGCAACUGCGCCAAGGUCUGUCUGACCAUAAUGGAGGGAUUGUUUGCAGACUUCAAUACGUUGAAGAGUAAGUGUAACGGAGGAGGGGAAUGGAAUGGCAUGAGAAUUCAUUUAGGAAUGGUUGAUAAACCUAACGCAAAAUCACCAGCGAAGGGGCAGCAAAAGGAGAAAAUUAAAAAUCCGCUCGGUGAAUUUUUUGAUAAGCGUGGUUUCAAGGCGCCAGAAGAUGACAAGAAGCAGAAUGGGGAGUUGAGGUAUAAUGAGAAGUUCACAGGUCAGCAAAUUAAGACAGAAUUGCUUGACCAUACAAGAAGCGUUCCCAGCAUUCAAUGCCUUGCUGAUUGGAUGAAAGAGAAAAACAAAGUAGCUUUCAAUGUUGCACAGAGUAACACUAAUAUCUCUUUCAUCGACUUUGUUGAAUUCCUUCGCUGGCUGUUCCGAAAGUACUACAAUGUAUGUCAGCAUAUACAUAUCGAUUCUCCCAAGGCGCCGAGUAAUAUCUACCAGAUGAUGCAAUGGCUGUCUGGACUUCGGUUUAAUCCGAUGCGUAGCAAACUGGAGGCGUUCUUUAAGACAUUGUUCGAUAAGCCCAACGGGAAGAAUGACCACAGAGAAUACAAGGACAUUGAAGCUAAGCAUUUAAAACUAGAUGCCACUACACCUUUCACAGCUGACACCCUAGUUGUCCAACUCGGGCAAGUUUGUUUACGCUCGCAACUUGCACUAGUCGCAAUACUUGGUCACGGCCACGCAGGUGGCAUAUAUGCGUGCGAUUUCCGCACAAACCAAGAGAAAUUAUCGUAUCCCAGUAACGUCUCUUCCUGCUUAGAUAUGCUUGUAGACAUCUUACGUAGAGUGUUUCAACAAACAUACUUUGUAUAUAGCCUGUGUAAAAAUGGUAGUAGCCGUGGUGGGUGGCGAGACUGCCAUUAUGGCAGGUACAUCGGUGGCUCCUCAUGGCAAUGCAACAAGCUGUACUGUCCUAAGCAAGACUGCGACCAAAAGCACAACCAAACAUGUAACCAAAAGGCCGACCAAGUGGCCAACCAACACGUCAACUGUGGCAUAAAAUCACCACUUCAAUCGUUCCUCGAAGAUGGUCUCCCUGGCUUUUUGCCACACCAAUUUAAGUCACCUGGUUGCAGACUAACGUGUUCGCUUAACAAUCAUUUCGGCAUUCCAUGUAUCACGCCGAUGGGUUUUGCCGAUAUUUCCACAAUGGCGUCGCAUAGUAAGAAUGGGGAGUAUCUUACAAACGCUCUUAAUGAAUUCUGUAAUUCAGGUUCAAACCUCGCUACGUUGUGUUCUUACCUAUCGUGUAUUCUGCGUCAACCACCGCAAACUCUGGGCGAUAUGUUAGCUUUCUACUAUCAGUUCCUUAAGCACUGGAACGACAAAAAGAUUAUGCAGCAUAAGAGUGUCGCAUUUGACAAAGCUGUCAAAAUAGCCAAUUUCGGCCAGAAUUAUUCUGACCUGAAUCCAACGAUUUUGUUCGAUACCGUUUUACAUGAAAAGCAUGGAAAAUCAAACCAUGAAAAUGGAGACUUGUUCAGUCUUACAGAUUGUGAUCCCACGAUAACAUCCGGCCUACCCUGCGGCCGAUACUUGCAUCCCAUUACAUUGCAUACCCGAUCCAUGUAUUCCGAAAAGUAUGCCAGCAGUUAUCUAUCAUGGGUUACAUACAGUACGGAGACAUUCCUUGCAUUGCUCCACAACUUGUAUGAGUCGUGCAAAAAAUGCGAAACGCCAGGCACCAGAUGCUGCGAUAGAAGCUGUGCUACAGAUUGCAAAGUUAAAUAUGCUGAUGCAACUGGAACUUCAAAGAUCCCAUCUACAGGUGACAAGCAUAAUGAAAAAUGCAACUCCAUCGUCAAAUGUCCGGAUAUGCAUCCGACACUGUACAGCCCUCUGGUCGCUGUCGCUCCUGUACCUGCUGCACAUCACCGUCGUCCGCCUCGACGUGUUGAGGAUACGCUCCCACCUGAGAUCACCCGCAAGCCACCGCAUCGCCGCGCAGUCGCUCCUCGCAGCGGCGCGCAUCAACUCACUUGGGAAGUUGAGAUACUUCUCACCGUGAUAAUGUUCCUCUACAACUUUCUCGCUCACCCAGCCCACAUAACCCACCUAACCACAACUCACCGCGUAAUGUAG